AUGGAGUCCUCUGAGAAUGAUUCUUCUCCUGAUCAUCUAUUACAGUUCUCAGAUGAAAGAACAAACUCAAAGCGGUUGAAACGGAUGGAUAAUUUUGAUGAUCUCAUUGGAGAUGACUACCACAGUAAUGUUGGUUACAGAAGAGACAUGCUGUACAAUGACAGAAGUAGCAUGAUGAUCAAUGGAAGCACUGCAGGUGGGAAGAAGAAUGAGUUAUUUCGGGAACAUAUAUGGGCUUACAGUCAGAAGUACUUGGAAGCUGCUUCUGCAAUCGAAGGAGAAGCAUCAUCAUCAGCUGCUGAGGAGGAUAAAGAGUAUACAAUCAUGAAGGAGACUGACGAAAGAGGUGAAAACCAAAUUAAAUUGGUUCAGUUGCUUGUUGCUUGUGCGGAGGCUGUGGCGUAUCGUGAUAAGCACCAUGCCUCCACUCUAAUUGCAGAUCUUCGAGCUGAAGCUCUGGUUUUAGGGACUGCAUUUCAGAGGGUUGCUUCGUGCUUUGUCAAAGGUCUAUGUGAUCGCCUUGCCCUGGUUCAGCCGCAUGGGGCAGUUGGAGAUAUAGGGGCAAUACCAAAGACCUUGAGUUUCUCUAUAGAGAAAGAAGAAGCUGCUAGUCUUGUGUAUCAGAUAUGCCCACAAAUUCAGUUUGGUCAUUAUGUGGCCAAUGCAUCCAUCUUACAAGCCUUUGAGGGAGAGAGUUCAAAUAAUAUUCAUGUAUUGGACCUAGGUAUGACCAUGGGUCUACGCCAUGGAUACCAAUGGCGAAGCUUGAUAUUCAGCCUCGCCACUCGUGCAGGCAGACCCUGUCAUUGCCUGCGGAUUACUGGCAUUGGAAGCUGUCCCGAGCGGUUCCAGGCCAUCGGGGAUGAGCUGGAGCAAUACGCACACAAACUAGGGAUAAAAUUGGAGUUCUCAGUGGUGGAAAGCAGCCUUGAAAACAUAAGACCUGAAGAUCUAAAGAUCAUUGAGGAUGAAUUCCUGGUUAUCAACAGCAUAUUAGAAUUGCAUUGUGUGGUGAAAGAGAGUAGAGGAGCUUUAAAUUCGGUGCUUAAAAUGCUGAAUAAAUUAUCACCGAAGGCAUUGUUCAUACUAGUGGAGCAGGAAUCAAGCCAUAAUGGACCUUUCUUUUUGGGGAGGUUCAUGGAAGCCCUGUAUUACUACUCUGCAAUAUUCGAUUCGCUGGAUGCAAUGCUGCCGAGAUAUGACACGAGGAGGGCGAAAAUCGAGCAAUUCUACUUCGGAGAAGAGAUCAAGAACAUAGUGAGUUGUGAGGGACCAGCCAGGGUGGAGAGGCAUGAAAGGUUAGACCAAUGGAGGAGGCGAAUGGGUCGGGCCGGGUUUCAACUGGCUCCAAUCAAGAUGCUCACAACACAAGCCAAACAGUGGUUGGAGAGUGUACAAGUUUGUGAAGGUUACAACAUAGCUGAGGAGAAGGGAUGUUUGGUUCUUGCAUGGAAGUCCAAGUCUAUCAUUGCUGCUUCCUGCUGGAAAUGCUCCUAG